AUGUCUGUUCUCCGUACCAACUUCCCCGGCUCUGGCGACUUCGCCCCCCUCUUCCGUCUUCUAGACGACUACGAUGACCACCGCUCUGCCCGCAGCCAGGCUGCAGUUCGCUCAUUCACUCCUCGCUUUGACAUCCGUGAAAGUGAAGGUGCAUACCACUUCGACGGUGAACUGCCUGGCAUCGCUCAAAAGGACAUCGAUAUCGAGUUCUCCGACCCCCAGACUCUGGUUGUCAAGGGCCGCACUGAACGCGACUACGAAGAAUCCGAGCCGCCAACCGAGGAAAAGGAUACCGACGAAACCAAGUCCACUCACCGGUUCUGGGCCAGCGAGCGCUCAGUCGGCUCGUUCCAGCGCGUCUUCUCCUUCCCGACUCCUGUCGACCAGCACCAUGUCAAGGCCGUUCUGAAGAACGGCAUCCUUUCCAUCAACGUGCCCAAGGCCACUGCUGCCACUUCCAAGAAGAUCACCAUUGAGUGA